AUGGGAUUGAAUUGUGAACCUGUGAACAGUGAGGUGUAUCUAUUCGUCACCCCUUUUGCCCACCGCUUCCCGCCGCAGACUUGGUUGUCUACUCUACGGCCCUCUAGCCCAGCCCGUCCUGGCCUGCUAUGCUUGGAGGCCGAGGAGAAGGAACUCCCGGGCUUCGCUGCAGCCUUGAGGAGCUACCAAGACGUUGCGGUUGCGGGCACGUUCCUCGCUGUAGAGUUCACCACUUUGACAGAAUAUUUGCAUCUGCUGCAGGCUGCGGCCCAGGCUCUCAAUCCAUUAGGCUCGUCAGCGAUGUUCUACCUGGCUGCGGCCAUGUCAGAUUUCUAUGUUCCUGUCUCUGAAAUGCCUGAACACAAGAUCCAGUCAUCUAGGGGCCCACUGCAGAUAACAAUGAAGAUGGUGCCAAAAAUGCUUUCACCUUUGGUUAAAGACUGGGCUCCUAAAGCAUUUAUCAUUUCCUUUAAGUUGGAGACUGACCCCUCUAUUAUAAGUAGUGGGAUAGGAAACUGUGAACAAGAGCAAGGACCAGAGCAUAGCAAGGAUGGUAAAAGCAAAGUAAUUAAGGAAUACAGCUUUAUUACUGAUUAUGGAUUUGAUACCUAUGACCAGAAGGAAUCUCCACCCAACUGGGAAGACAAGCCCCAGCAUUGUCAAAGGUGCAACAAGGAAUCUCCGGAUUUGUGA